AUAGCAGUGCUCUGAUAUCUUUAGCACACACUGUUCCCCUGGUUGGUCACGAUUGUCCGAUAAAUGAUCCUUCUGAAACUGCUGCUGCUGAAAAUGGGGCCUUGAAUAUUCCAGACUGUUAUAUAAUUAAUGUCUCUUGUCAUGGACCCACAGCAAUGUGUCAAGUUCAGUCUAGCACAAAUCUGAAGAUGUUUCUGUUUUGGAUGUCCCAACGCAUCUCAUCCCGAGGCUCUUCUCUGAUGUCCUCGGUUUACCUGCCACAUACAAUGACUUCAAGAAGAACAUCUUUAAGGACCUCAGUUUUGCUGAUAAUUGUGGUGAAAGUCUUGUGCUGUCAAACCCUCACAUGUCGUCCAGAAGAGUAUCAGACAGGGAAUGAAUGCUGUCCGAUGUGUCCGCCAGGAAACAGAGUUAAAAUAGAUUGUACAGAGUUCAGAAGUACGUCAUGUCUUCCCUGCAUAAAUGGAACCUACAUGGAUAAAGCUUCUGGACGUACAGGGUGUUUCUCAUGCACCAACUGUGAUGCAGGUUCUGGUCUGAAGGUAAAGAGGUCAUGUACAACAACAUCAGAUACAGUUUGUGAACCACUUGAAGGAUUCUUCUGUAUUGACUUAAUAAAGGACCAAUGUGAAGAAGCACAGAAACACAAGGACUGUGAUCCAGGACAAUACAUCAAGGAAAAAGGUACAUCCUCCUCUGACACUGUGUGCUCUGACUGCAGUGAUGGAACAUUUUCAGAUGGAACAUUAACGUCUUGUCAACAACACACACAAUGUGAAUCAAAAAACCUUCAGCUGAAAACAGCAGGAACUAAGUCAACUGAUUCUGUUUGUGGGGAACAAACUUCAAAUGUUGGAGUCAUUGUUAUCAUCAUCGUUGCGUUUUUCUUAGUCAUUUUAUUAGGAAUAUUGUACUACCGCUGGUAUAACAGGCCUAAGAGGUAGACAUUUUACGUCAACUUUAACGUCUCUUUCAUCAAGCUGUUGCUUUCAUCAAGCAACAGAGCACACAGUUACAGGACUGUGUGCCCCACUCCCUCACAGUUAUCCACCUCCCGGUUGCUGCAGCAAUUUAAAACUUACAAGCUUUCCAGUGGUAUGAAGCGCAACUCCAAUUGUUAUUAUUUAAGGGGACAGAUGAUUGACUGAAACAACAUUUCUGAAUUUUUUUUAUGGCAGUUAAUAAGCAUUAUUUUUGGGGGGGUGCAGAAGCUAAAUGCAGCCAGCACACGUUACAGAAAAAAUUGUCAAAAUUAACAAGUUUAGGGUUAAAAAAAAAUGAGCUUAAAUUCUGUACUUGAGUAAACGUUCUUUACUUUCAUCACUGCAUCAUGCCAGUUUCAGGUCCAGAAGUAGUUUGUAAGCUAAACACUCAAAAGUUAAAACUACAGAGUUGUUGUUGAGGAAAAAUAUUCAAAGUCCUUAUUUCAAAGUUUGCUGUAGUGGAGUGUUUAUUGAUAUACUAGUAUAUGAUUACAGACACAUUGUAGUUCUGAGAAGUUCCGCCACCCAGAACACUUCAAAUGUACCUCAUUUAUACAUGAAAGGGUGGGGUUAUGGCGUUGCUGCUGUAAACACAGGAAGGGGAAUGGGUUCAUAAUUAAAUAGCAAGAUCUUGUAGAGUCUCCAUUGAAACAAAAGGCCAGGACACUCCAGGUCUGGCAUACGGGUGACGAUAGCGAAAGGGAGCAAGAACAAAGGACCAGAACUCCAGGGAGCUGGAGACAGCCCAGGCAUUACUGAAUUACCUGGAUACCUAGAGUCACGUGAUGCUGUGACGUGCGUUCUUCAUCCAAGACCAAUGGGAUCAAAGAAUGAUGAUGAUGUCACUCCUAUUCCCACAACCAUGAAUAUUGAACUACACAAAUGCCUGAUGUGUACUGUUAAUGUCAAGGUGUUGAGGCUGACAGCCAGGUAUGCAGACUCACACAAUGACAACCAUUGUUGCGUAGUCAUGGGUCACAUUGCAAUUGUCAAAUGUAAUAGAUGAUUCUGGACAAGAUCAACUGGCCGAAGGAGGAGCAUAUCGACCAGGACACUGUCACCCUGGAGGACCACAGCUGAGACUGUAUGUUCAGUUUUUAUUGUGUGGAAGUUUUCUACUUUUCUGAAAGAAUAGUCAGUCAAACUAUUGUGUGCAUUUUUUUGUGUGUUGACUUUAUGUUGUAAAUGUUAAUAUUUCUCCAAACCUGGAAGUGAAAGUUAGUGAUUGUUCCCUACCACCGUUUUCAAGUUGCUUCCUCAAUCUGAAACUGAAAACACGUCCAAAAGUUACUUCUGGGAAUAAAAACAACUGCUGAUAAAGUCCUCAGAUGACCUUUCACUUCCCUGGAGGAUGUUACAAAAUGUUCGAAAUGUUGAUCUUGUCUGGAUUGAACUAUUAACGUAAAUGAUUCAUUUAUGACAGGGUUCUCCCUGUAAGAAAGGGCGAUGCAGACAUGUCGGGGAAGUGAGAUCAUGGCAUGGACAGAAAACAUGAAAAAGCAUAACAUGGAGACUAAACCAACACAACAGGGAACAAUGGGAAAGGAAAGGCAGGGCUACAUCUACACACAUGGACAGAGGGGAGACAAGCCACAGCUGAAAUGAGGAAAUGAGAGCGGAGCACACAAGGAGAAACGGGGAGUGACACAAGACUCGAAACCAAGAAAACGAACCCUUAAAUCCUGAAAACUCUUGAAAUUUUGGUAGUUUUGAGCAGGUGUGAAGUUGCUUUAGUGAUUCAUGGAGGAAAAAAAAGUAGAAACAAAUAUUGAAACAUGAUGAUUUUAUGACAGUUUCUUCAGUCAGAAUUUGGGGACAGAGACAGGAAAUUCAACCUUUUCUAUCUCUAUUUUUUUGUUUUGUCUUUUCCUUUUGAAGGCCUUUCUUUUGAAAUGUUUACUAAGAAAACCUAAGUUCUUUUUCUUGUUAAUUACUAAUUAAUAUUUUCUAGGUAUUCAUGUCAUUUGUGUUGGGCAAACCAACCACUCCUUCCCACUUCAGGAUUCAAUUUAUUACCAGAUUUAUUGUGCAUUUAGCAGAGAGCAGUUAUGACCCUGAACUUUAAAAGGAGGAGAACUGUAGGGACUGAAUGUAUGUUUGCUGUAGAAAGGACAGCAGGCUUUAUUUUUCUACUACUACUCUACUGUUUUCUACUCUAUUUUUAUUUGCAAUGAUAAACUGCACAUGAGCUUUAAUUAGAAUUAGCUCAUGACUCCGUUUGAGGCAGCGACAGUCUGUGAGAGGAGGUAAAAUACAAAGAAAAGAAAAACCACAAAAGUGAAGGCAAGACGAACAUUGCAGCAGCUGGAAAAUGUAAAUUGUUGCACUGCUUCUAGCUUCACUUUCAUCAUUUGAAGUUUUACUUCAAAAUAUAUUCAAGAAUGUAAUGCAAUUAAUAUGUCUGAGAGCACCACUUUAAAGAAAUCUAAUGUUUGAUCUUCUCAUUUUAUUACUGCAAUAUUUUUUUCUUAUAAUUUAGUUGUCUUCAUGUUUGUAUGUAUGUUUGUAUGGUAGAUACUGAUGGCCAUAUGAAUGGUAUGUGCAAUAAAAGAUUGAACUGUUUUAAUUAA